GUAUUGGGUUCUUUUCUGUUUUGGACAAACAGUUGUGUAAAGUUUUAGUCUAAAGUUUUAAAGUCUAAAGUUACACUCAGUUUGUGGAUUUUAUUUUUAAAUAAACAAAAAAGUGGUUCUGAGAGUUUGCCCCGCCCCAUCCGAUUGAUCGAAAAAAAAAUAAUAAUCGGGCAACUAAUCGAUUAUGAAAAUAAUAAUUUAACACAUUUAUUGGAUAAUUUAACACAACAUGCUGAAAUAGUAAUAACACAAAAAGUGUGUAGGAUAUUAACACAUCCUUUCUAAGAGUGUACAGCAGCUUCCAAUUACACUAAAGUCCAGUACACAAAUGCAAGCUUAGCGUAAAAUCAUUGGAUCCAGUUCAGAGCGUGGAAUACAUAAAAUGCAUUGUUGUUGUUCUUCUUCUUUUGUGUUUCUUGCGGUUGGAAAACUGCCACCAACUGAACUGGACUGUGGCCCAUCGAUGGGACCGAAUGUUGUGCUAACCACUGAGACUCAAAGAAGACGCGACCGUGCAUAGAGUCCAAUGAGCUGAAGCGGCGACGUCAUUACUAACCAAUGGGACCAAUUAUGGACGGAGCGACACAUGUAGUCCCUCCCUUUGGCCACGAGAAAAGUGCGGCUCCGCCCUGUUCUGCAGGCUGCAGCCAGGGGACAGGACCUUCUCGUAGUUGCUGGCGCUGUGGGUCUGCAGCUAGCGAUCUACACUCCAGUCCACUAGAGCAUGAGAUUCAAAGAUUGCAACAGAAAGUGGCAGAGUCAGAAGAAGCUCUACAGAAGGCAGCACAGUAUGGACUUCAACUCUUGGAUGACAAAAUGGAUCUGCAAAAUAAGUUGGAGGAUCAGCGGAUUGAGAUGACUGCUCUAAUUGAGGGCUUGGAGCAAGAAAAAUAUUCACUGCAGAGAGAAGUGGAACUAAAGAUCCGCAUGCUGGACAGCCUUAGUUCAGAAUUUGAUGUUGUUAAAAACCAGCAGAAACAUCUAUUGGAACAACAGCAAGCAAUGUUGGAGAGGAACCAUGCAGUGGAAUGUGGUGAAUUCAAGAACAAGGUGGAUAAAUUGAAGGGAGAUCUAGAUGAGGCUCAGCUUCUUGAGAAACAGCUGAGACAUAAGUUGGAGUUGCAGUCUCAAGCUUUAACCAGCAAAACUGAGGAGCUUCGCAAAAUGUCAGAACAUUCCCAUGAAACAAUGUCGUCAGAGAUCUUGGAGCUACAAAUCCAGAAGAUGGAUCUGGAAUCAUCUAUGGCUGCCUUAGAGCAGAAGCAUCAGGAAUUGAAAUACAAAGAAGAGCAGCUGGAGCUGGCUAAUUGUAUCCUUCAGAGACAACUGGAGACACUUGCAAAUACAAAGGAAGAAAAAGAAAAUGAGGUCAUGUCACUUUACAAUGCUUUGGAGAAAUCCAGGGAAGCCAACCAGGAACUUCAAAUACAAUUGGACCAGGUGUUACAGCAUGCGCAGGAUCCAAACAGCAAAGGCAAUUCAUUAUUCUCUGAGGUAGAGGACAAGCGUGCUGAAAUAGAGAGACAGUUGAUCAGUGUAAAAGUACAGUACCAGUCUCUUCAAAAGCAGCAUGCAUUUACCAAACAGCAAAUGGUUCGCAUGAAGGUGCAGAUAUCUAAUAUGAUGCAGCUUCAGGGCAUUAGAUCAGACCCAGCCCAGCUUGAGCGAUUACGAGUCAUGCUGUCAGAGAAGAACAAUGAGAUAGAAACCUUGAUGAAGAAAGUGCAACAGUUGCAGAAGUUGGAGGUGGCACUUGAGAAUCAGUCCACUAGUGUCUCCAAGGAAAUAGAGUUUGUGGAUGAGACGUAUUACACUGAUCUUUUGAAAAUGCAACUCUCAAAUUCUAAGAAAGCUGCAGAGAAACUAAAGGAGGAAUUAUCCAUGGCCAGAAUGAAAGCUCUUUCUGAGAGCCACAGGGUGCUCGAGUUGGAAAGGAAACUCUUUACUUCCGAGUGUGCUCUAAAGCAAAUGCGCAUUGACAUUGUCAAGCUCCAAGUGAAAAUUGAAGAACUCCAGAUGAAAUAUGAGCCUAAUGAGGUGAAGAAGGCACGGACUCAGAAACGCAAGCAAGAAAAAUUUCCAGUAAACUUACCUGAGGGGUCUGACUAUAGCAGCAUGGAUACUCCAGACAUGAAGACUGAGCCAGGCAAGAGCAAGACUGUCGACGGAGAAGGCCUCCCUUGUUCAACGGAGAAAGAAUUUUUAACCCCAGUACAGUUAUCACAAGCCGCAGGCUGUAGUUCUGUCUUGCUUUGUGACACCAAAAGUGUUCACAUCUGUGAGAACGCCCCAGUCUCUAUUUCUGAUUCCUCAAGGUCUUCAGUGAAAGACUGCGUUAGAACAGCCAAGCAUAAAAUGCCAAAAUCGGAUGAGGGACAGAACAACUGCAAGAAGUAUCAAGCACCUGUAUAUGUUGAUUCAGAGAACACCAUGGAAAGACAGUGUGCUCAACAGUAGUAAUUAAGUCUCUACUAUUAAUUUAGCUAAAAUGUUUAUAUUUUUAACUCCUUUUGGACAAUACAUGUUAAUAGACAAUAACUUGUGGUGUGUGUGUGUGUGUGUGUGUGUGUGUGUGUGUGUGUAUCCUUUACCAGUCAAAAGUUUGUGGACACCUGACUGAAAUGUUUCUCAUGACUUUAAAAAUCUUUUGAUCUGGUGUAUGAUUAAAUGUUUGAAAUCUGUGUUGUACACAGAAAUAUAUUUGUGCCAGCGAAUUCAUUUCUUUCAUUAGAAAACCAAUAUUUUAUUUUCAAACAAAUAUUUUUUCAAAUGGAUGUGAAAUAUUCAGAGAAAGCAGCCAAUAAUUGUCCAGCAUAGGUGGGAACUCCUUUUAUUACUGUUUAAAAAGCAUCUCGGGGAUUCCUCAAGAAAUUGGUUGAGAAAAUGCCAAGAAUACACUUUUCUUUAAAUUCUAGGCAAAAAGGGAGUCAACUUUGAAGAUGCUAAAUGAUUUUGAUUUAUUUUGGAUUUAUUUAUCACAAAUAUGGAAAAAUGGAAAAAAAUAAAGAAUGAGUGUCUAAA